GCCCCCCAGCAGCCCCCAGCCCCCCCGAGCCCCCGGGCCGUGGCGACGGCGCUGCCCCCCGCAGCCCUUCGCCGAGAUCGCGCGGCUGGCGGCGGUGCAGGAGGGGACGGUGGUUCGCUGCAUCCAGCGGCUGGAGGAGACGUGCCGGGAGGUGCGUCAGGCCGCCCGCCUCGUGGGCGAGCCCGCGCUGGCCGCCAAGAUGGAGGCCGCCGCCGCCAUGAUCAAGCGCGACAUCGUCUUCGCCGCCAGCCUCUACACCCAUCCGGCCCCCCUCUGGCUGCACGUGGGUCAGUCCGGGCCCCCCCCCCGGCUGCACGUGGCCCUUUCGGAAGUCCCGCCCCCGCCGCGCGUCAUCAUCCCGCGCCUGGGGGUGGGAAGGCGGAAGCGGCGUGACGCCAUCAGGAGGGGCCGGCGCCGGUACCGUGGAGGCGCUGGGGGGGGUCGCCGGCCCCCGCCCCUCCCCCCCCCCCCCCAUGGGCCGCCGCCGCCGCCUCCUUUGCGACACGUUCGAGGCCAAGAGGCGCCGCGUGGAGCCGCCGCGGGGGAGGAGCCGCGGCUCGACGGCAGCCCCGGCGCGGUGGAGGCGGCGCUGGGGGCCGUGGCCGCGCUGUUCCCGCGGGGGCUCUUCGGGGACGCGCUGCCCCCCCUCGUGCUGCGCCACCAGCUCUACAGCCUCGUCAGCGACCGCACGGCCGUGGACCGGCACCUGAACCGCCUGAGGGACGAGGGCCGGAUCCGGCUGCUGCACCUGGGGCUGGGCCCCGACACGCUGGGGGUCGUCUUCACGGAGCCCUACAAGGAGAAGGUGCUGGCGGCCGUGGCCGGGACCCCCCGGGCCGCGCUGGUGCGGCGGUUCCUGGACGCGGCCGUGGGCGCCUGCCCCGAGCUCAGCUACGAGCAGGGCCAGAUGCGGGCGCUGGGCUUCGGGGACGGGGACGUCACGCAGCUGGUGGCCGCGGGGGUUCUGACCGUGCGCGACGCCGGGAGCUGGUGGCUGGCGGUGCCGGGGGUCGGGCGCUUCAUCCGGGCCUUCGUGCGCGGGCGCCAGGCGCUGCUGGGCGUGGUCCGGCGGGCGCGGCACCGGGAGCUGCCCCUGGGGGAGCUGCGGCAGCGAAGGCCCCCCCCCGGCGCCCGCCUGGGGGUCACGUACCUCCUGCACGACCUGCUGGGGGCCCAGCUGCUGCGCAGCGUCCCCACCACCUCAGGUCCGAUGCUGCGAUUGGCCGAGUCCUGACCCGAAGCUUCCCAGCAUGCACCGGGGCCUUGAGGGCUGAGGGGCGUGGCUGCGGCUGGCCACGCCCCCUGCGAGAGGGAGGGGCUGAGAUGGGCCCCACCCUCCAAAAGGGUGUGGGUGGGGCUGAGAUGGGCCCCACCCUCCAAAAGGGUGUGGGGGGCCCGCCUUAGCCCCGCCCCCCGUGGGCUGGGGGUUUCCAUGGGCUGAGAAGCGAAAAAGUGCAAUAAAAUGGGGGGUUUCACCCAAAA